CACCAACAAUAUGGGGUAAAAUGGAAAAGGAAAAAAAAGGAAGUUGUGUCAAAUUGAACACGACCUCAAAUUAUUUCGCCCACAAGGCUCUCUUUGUCCUGUCUUUGUUGUGUAAUAGAACUGCUCUGAGCUAUGCACAUAUUUUGCUUCAAUUAUAACUGUUCCAAGUGAGUGUGCUACCUUCAUCGUAGUUGCAGAAGCUUUAGAAGACCAGGGAAAACAAUGGCUGUCGCUGUUCGUGCGUCUCCCCUUGUUUUUCUACCUUCAUCACCAUUUGCUGCCUCCUCCAGGAACUUUAAGAAGCAAUGUAACACCAUCAUCAAUUUGAACAUUGGUCUUCAAAGUAGUCAUAGCAAGUCCAGUUGUAUCACGAUUAGCAGCAUCAAAUGCUCUGCCUCCUCCACCUCUGCCAUUGUUUCUAAGGAGGAAGAACCAUUACCACUUGAGGUGAAUGAGAUUAAGACAAUGUGCAAAACUUGGGUAUGGAGAGGUUACGACAUAAAUUACGUGAGCUUUCAAGCGCGCAACAACAGCACUUCUCGCCCCUCGCUACUCCUGGUUCAUGGUUUUGGUGCCUCUGUCGCCCACUGGCGCAAGAACAUUGCAACACUUGCUCAAAAUUACACAGUGUAUGCUAUUGACCUCCUUGGUUUCGGUGCUUCUGACAAGCCAGAAGGAUUUGCAUAUAACAUGGAAACUUGGGCUCGAUUGAUACUUGAUUUCGUGAAUGAAAUUAUUCAAAGACCAACCGUAUUGGUAGGUAACUCUGUCGGAAGCCUUGCUUGUCUAAUAGCUGCUGAAGAUCCUUCUCAAACAUCCAUUCAAGGGCUUGUUUUGUUGAACUGUGCUGGAGGCAUGAAUAACAAGGCAAUUGUUGAUGAUUGGAGGAUUAAGUUAUUAUUUCCCUUACUUUGGCUUGUUGACUUCUUAUUAAACCAAAGAUCAAUUGCUUCCGGAAUCUUUAAUCGUGUCAAGCAGAGAGAAAAUCUGAAGAACAUUUUGUUGUCUGUGUAUGGUAAUAAGGAGUCUGUUGAUGAUGAUCUGGUGGACAUUAUUAGGACACCAGCAGAUGCCGAAGGCGCGCUUGAUGCUUUUGUGUCCAUUGUUACAGGUCCACCGGGGCCAAACCCAGUGCAGUUGAUCCCAAAAAUUACAUUGCCUAUCCUUGUCUUAUGGGGUGAUCAAGAUCCAUUUACCCCAAUUGAUGGUCCUGUUGGUAAAUACUUCUCAUCCUUACCUUCUCAAAAACCAAAUGUGAGUUUAUUUCUUUUGGAAGGUGUAGGACAUUGCCCUCAUGAUGACAGACCUGAUCUUGUCCAUGAAAAGUUGCUUCCUUGGCUAAACCAAUUGCCAGUGGUAGAAAACUUUGUUACAUGAUUAUCUUAAUCCAUCUGGUUGAAUGAGUACCAAAGCGUAUGUUAUACUUCUUCUAUUGAUAUUCAUGUAUAGAGGAUAUUGAUUUGUAAAUCAUGUUAUAAAGAAUAUAUUUGGAGCAAUUUUAAUUACAGAAUUCGCCUUUGAGCAAAAUA